AUGAAGUUCACACUCACUUCCCUGGCACUCCCUCUGCUGGCCGCCGCGGCACCAGUUACCCAGUCAACUGCCAACCCACCCUUCAGCGUGAUGUCCAUCCGCUCCGGCUCGCCCAUCCACUACCUACAGCUGAACGCCGCCGGUCAGAAGUUCUACCUCGGCGGAAGCACGGCCACCUACUGCCCAACCCAGGUCACAGACUGCCCACCGGGAAACCAAACCGUCCUCGCUCCUGGCGGCACCGCUCUGGACACCAUGGUCCCCGGCGGCCAGCAGGUCUACAUCGAUCCCAAUGGCGCCCUGAGCUUCACCCAGGCUCACUCAGCCAACAUCCCGCAGGGAUCCUUGCUCGGUCCAUUCCACUACUCUGCCGAUGAACCCUGGGCUCAUUACUCCUUCGGCUCUACUGGUUUCAUGGCUUGUCCAGCGGAAGAUAACCGCUGGCAGGUGUUUGCCGCCAUUCAAAAUGCGACUGUGCCCAAUGGUAAUGUUGACGAGUGUCUUGGGUUCUCGGCUGUCGCUCUGGAUUACACUGGGGACGUGCCUGCUUGGCAGUAUAUCUAG